CGGAUCACCUACCCUGCACUAAAGCACAGUUUUUCACCUGAGCAAAAACACAGAGCGCAGCCAGCCUUCUAGAGCGAGCUGACCAACACCCUGACCAUGAACAGGACUCUGCUGGGCAUCUUUGCAGUGGCGCUGUGCUUCACAGUGGCCCACACUCUGCAGUGCUAUAACUGUGAUAUAGGUUUCUGGGAUUUGUGUGUGACCACCAAGCAGACGUGCAAUGCGGGUGAGCUGUGCUAUAGCGGAGUGGGUAAAGCAGCCGGCAUCAUUAAGCUGAAGAUGAAGGGCUGCCUGAAAGAGGCUGACUGUAACAAGACAAGUGAUGUGAACUUCCCACCCAGCUCCAACUCCUCCAUCUACCAAAUGACCAAGACCUGUUGCUAUGGUGAACUGUGCAACGCUGCCCCCGGCCUGUCCCUGCACACUCUCACACUGGCCGCCGCCUCCAUUACCUCACUCAUCAUCUCUAAGGUCCUGGUGUGAGGACAACACACUCACAAUUGUGCAGAAUCCCACCCACACCCCACCUACAGAUUAUUUAAGGGUCAUUUAUAUUGGUAACACUGUACUGUAAACAAUGGCUCAUCAGAUCAACCUAGAAAUUACUUAAUGUAGUAACAAGCAACUGAAGUAGUUUAAUUCAACUCAAAAAAUGACACUGAUUGAAAAAAUCGUUCAUUGGAUUUUCAUGUAGGUUGAAUAAAACUAGUUUGUUUACUUGUUACCACAUUAAGUAAUUGUUUAGGUUGAAUUGACGAGCCGUUUUUUACAGUACACUCUAGGGCAGCGUCCAUUCGGCUACAUACGCUGGUCAUGACAGCCUAAAUAAACUGGUACCACUUCACAAUAAGACCACCAUUGUAAAGGGUUUACCAUUGGUUUGAAACUAGUUUAUUAAUGAGGUCAUAAACGCCUUAAAAGUCAUUAAUAAGCAGUGACAACACAUAAACAAAAGGGGCAACAGUGUGAUGAAGCUGAUGGGUUUAAUGCUGACUGAAAUUUUACCGUAUAGCUGGAUUUGGACUCACUAUUUGUCGAGCAACAGGUCAACAGGUCGUUGCCUUUUUAUGUGUUAUCACUGCUUAUUCAUGGCUUUAAAGGGUUUAUGGCCCAUUAUUAAACUCCUGACAUUGCUGUUAUGUCAACUUCAUGUCAAAGUUGCCAAAUGCAUACUUAAUAACAAGUGAUGCUUAUUGGAAUAAGCCUAUUGGUUGCAAUGAAGGGCUUAUGUAGGUGUUGUGUAGCCUUAUAAACACUGCCCCACAGUGAAGUCUUGCCUUUAUCUCUUCAUAACACUCACAUGCACUAAUGUGAAGCAGCUCGUCCAACUUUCUGCAGCCUGUAAUCAUGAUUUGGGAAAAUCUCUUGUUGCCAUGAAGCUGCUUCAGCGUAGGUUCAGAUUUGUGCAUUCCUGUAUAUUAAUUUGCAUACACAUAUACUGCCGUAUGAUGUCAUGUUAUUGUCAAUUCUUUCAGAUUUCAACUACUUAGUUCUCUUUUAAAGACACUUCGUUAUGCUUACUUAGUGUUGUUUCCUUUGCUUGCACUGCAGUGAGCAAAACAGCUGUUUAUACUGGCUCUACAUGCAAAUGUAAAACUAUUUCUGACUCUUUGCUUUCACACUAUCACACAAUAUUGUAGACACCAUCACUAAAGCAUGUCUAUUAAUGAAUUUUAAAGCAUGAGACAAUUUACAAUGUGGUUGUUUGAAAAUUUAGUAACGCUUUAUUUGAAAGCUACCUACAUAGGGACUUCAUAACACAUGUAUAAACAUUGGAUUAUGUAUUUUUGAAGCAAUAUUUCUGUCUUAUGUUAGUAAGUUGCUUCAUAACAAUGUUAUCAUUACAACACUUUAGAUUUAAACCCCUUAUGUCACUUAUUAAAAUUCAUAAAAAAAGAUUUUGAUAGUAUCUUGCAAUUACAGGCAUAAGCUAUUAGUAAAUACUCUAUUAUUGGUUUAUAACUAUGUUAUUCAGUGCUUAUACAUGUGUUAUGAUGUCACUGUGUACUCCAAAUGAAGUGCUACUGAAAUUUUGGCAUGGUAAAUUCCAAGUGCCUUGUUGUCAAGUUACCAAAUCAUCAUUUUAGUGUUGAUAAAGUGAUUUUAGCAGUUGACAAUCUUUUGAAAGGGUCAUUUUUUAAAUGUUUUAAAUGAUAUCUCUAGGAAUUUAAUGGACAAAUUUUCUGCUGGGAGAAAUAUCCUAGGAUGCUACUGCUUAUGGGUUGAUAAACUGAUUGUUUCUCAUUGUUUAUGUUUUUUUUUAAUUGUUUAAAUGUUUUAAUUUGUUACUGCCCUUUAAAUAUGUCAUUUGGAGGCCAAAGUUUUAUGGAAAAGUGCAGUGUUGCUUUUUUAUUAUAGGGAUUCUUCGGUGAACUGGAAACAUUUCAGCACGCCUUUGCAUGCAUAUGAUGAUUUACAAUGUAAUAAAUGCUGUCUGGAAAUUUUUCCUGGAAAAAAGAAUGAAGUGCUUGAGAUGAUGUUGGCUAUGGACGUCCUGCAGAUAGCUUAGCUGAUCAGGUACUAUUUUGUGCUGCAUGUUUUUUCAGUUAUCGUGAUACUCAAACAAAUGAAUGUAUUAGUGCAGGUAUGGAGGUAGAGCUCAACUCAUCAGACAUUAAAGAAGCCCAGCGUGAUGUGCAGGAGGUGUGGUGGUGUGGAGGGAGCGCUACACUGUGCGGUACUGCGGCCCCCUGGGAUCAGGAGCCAUAUUCAAAAACUUAGAGCUGGUUUCCAUUCAUGCAAUACUAAAUUCAAAACAAUCCGAUUGGUUGAAAAAUGUUCUACCUGUGUUGUUAUAUCUGAGGCUAGUACAGUUGUUUUAUUGGGCCUGUAUCACUCUGCUGACCACCAGUUGCUAAGUAACAACAAUGAUCGCUUUACUCAAAGCUGCUGGAACUACUUUUUUUUGUCAGAAGAAACUGCCAAUAAUAAAAACAUUCAUUUGAAAUAA